ACCAACAUCCAAACAUUGAAUGGCGGACAGGAGCUGUUAUUGAAGGUUUAUACCGUAAAUGUUGCCCCGGAGGAGAAUCCAAAUGUAAAGGGUAUUGACAAUGAUUUUUCAAAAUGGUUUUCCUUUGUGAUAUCUACACGAGGAAUAGUGGACCAUGUGUAUCAUCCAAAAGGAGAAGAAGAAGAAGUGGUGGCCAUCAAGAAAAGUAUUGCAUCUAUAUUUGCAUCCAAACUCCAUGAAGCAGGAGAGAUUCCUGGCAGGAGAAGCAGUGGUGUUUUUACUUACCAUGUUUCAGAGAAUGGAAGUGAAGGGGAGCACAAUGCUACAUAUACAGUGUCUUCAAUUAAAGAUGGUUUAGAAUUUAAAAAGACAAGACUCAACCAUCCUGUGAAAAAUGCAAAGGCUUCAUAUCAAAAGACGAUGCGCUACCAUGACUAUCUUGGAACAAUUCAUAGUGUCCUGAUUGAGGAAGACUUUACAUCUCCAAAGACACCUCCAGGGUUUGAUCCUCUUUAUGGCAUGAGAAAAGUUAAAGCUGUAAAUGAAUUUAGUACAACAGAAUACCCUGAAAUGACCUACACAAGUCAAGGACAUUUGAGUUUCCUUACAAGACAUAUGGACAAAGGAGAGUGGAUUAAGCCCAGUAAACAACUCCUGAAAUCUCCAAUACAUCUUGGCUCUGUAAAACACAACCCAAAACAUCUUAAUGUGACAGAAUGCAGAAGACACAUAAUUUCAAACUUGACUUGUAUGGAAAAUCAACCAGAACAAGGAUCUCCAGUAUCUGGGUUAUGUUUCCGUAACAUUGUGAAUCAACUCUUGGGGUUACCAGAGGAAGAAAUUGUGAACAUAGCUGAUUUUUACUUCAAUGUUUUGAAGCCAAUGGUUUUUAAAUAUCGAAGAGCUAUAGAGAAUAUGGUCGAUGCUUUUGGAGCAAUGAACACAGAACUAUCUGAGAGACUACUGGUAGAGAAAGUUUUACUUAGUCCUACUCCCGAUCACACCCUUGUCAAAAAGAUUCUGACACAUGUUGCAGUCAGUGACAGAGCCCCAACUGAGUUUAUGCUGAAAACAAUUGAAGAUGCUGUUAUACACAAAGAGAAGUUUUCUGCAGCCUUUUACAUUAAUGAUACACACAGUCGAUGCAUGUUGGCCCUAGGAGCUGUAAGCCAUAAACUGUUUAAGGAAGGGCAAGUAGAGAGAGCAAGACAGAUAAUGAAUUGGGUUCACUCAGCUCUUGGAGUGCAUGACCCAUGGAUAUACAGACAGAAGAGAGCUCUGAUGUCAAGGAGGGAGAUGGAGGACUAUGACCACCAUAAAGUGAUCCUACUGGAGACCCUAGGGAAUGCCAGGCUAGAUGAAUCCUAUGACUACAUUCUGUCUCAUAUCAACAGCACAAACUCACCAUGGAUAAAAAGGGCGGGGUGUCAUGCCCUCCGCAAAUACCACCAUGAACAUGCUGCUGAGACUCUGCUGUAUUCAGCUCUAUAUGAUGAGGAGCAGUCAGUCAGAUAUGAGGCCUCUCUCUUGUAUAUGGCUCAUCCAAAGGGAAAGAUGAUUGCUCCUAUGAAUGCCAGAGAAAAGACCCUGUUUGACAACUCAACAUUUGUGGAGGACCCGUAUGAUGAUGGCAUUGAUGUUGUGGAUCUUGCGGGAAGUCACGAGCGGUCUCGUCGAAAUGUUUGGGAGGGAAUACGUUUUCGUUUAGAAGCUCCAAGUAUAGACUGGAGAAAACUCAUUGGCACUACAGCUAUAGGUGCAUCUUUUGGAGUAAUCAUGAUGAACUUUCUGGAUUUAGCUAUAGCUCCAACCCAAGGUCAUCUGAAGAUCCGUGUUCAUGAUGAGGCAUAUGCAAGAAUACAUGUUGGAAUAAUUGGAUCCAAUUUUGAUUUCUUUCUUGCCAGAGUAUGUUUUAAGGGAGGCACUGAAUACAAUAUAAACAUUCUACAGGGAAAUGAAAUGAAAAAAAUUGUUGACAUGGCACUUAAUUUUUCAAAAAAAUUGAGAGAAAUUGUGAAUGGCAUUAAAACAGGAGUACAGCUGUUCAAGAAUCUGAUAUCUGGCAAUAUCAAUCUUAAAAAAAUCACAGAUGACCUUGUUGGUGCUCUUACAAGUAUCCCCAGUAAGGUACAAAACUUGGUAAAUAAAUCAACAGAAGCCCUGGAAAAAAUAGGACACUAUGACCCUGAAGAUCUGCCUCCAGAGUUCAAGCCUACCAUUAACUUCGUGCAUAAAGUCGCAAAGUUGUUUAGUGACAUAAAAGCCGAUGUGAUGGGAUUUGUACAUGCACUGGAACAACCUGUAAAAAUUGUAAUUCCACACCAGAGCAAAGUUUUGUAUGAAAGCAUAAAAGAUAUAAUUGAUGGCUUCUCAAAGAUUUUAAAAAAUCCUAAAACUGCUCUCAAAAGUAUUGGAAAAGGCGUUGUCUCAAUUUUUCAGUCCAUCAAAAUUUUGAUUCAACAGAAAGGGAAAAUACAAGAAGCGUGCUUAUUUAUAAGAGAUGAAAAGCCAUAUUGGUUUGAUGUUGAAAAAUUACUGCUUGAAUACAAGCCUCUAGCUGAUGAAGCCUUUGCGAGUUUGAAAAGUGCUGGUGACAGAUGGGUCAAUGAGAAAAUAGAGGAUGCAGAGGACAGAGUCAAAAAAUUUACAAAGGGUAGAGUUACACUGAGGGAUCUUAGGCAGGAGGCAGUGCGUUCACUAGAAACUAUCCGAGCACUUCUGAUGAAUCCAUUUAAUGAUAUAGUAGGAUUGGCAGACAACUUUGUAAAACAAUAUUCCAACAUGUUCGGACUGAUUCAGAAGGUCAAAGAUGCAUAUACCGUAUUGAAAGAAGGGUAUGAUACAGCGAGAGGUAUAAUUGAUGCCAUAUUUGGACCAAAAGUACACAAAAAUUUUCCAAAGAAUCGCCGGUUGAAGGGUAGUGGAUGUGGCAGUGGAUUUUAUCCAUCUUCCUUAGGAUACAAACAUGAAGGACUUGAUCUGGUUGUAUCGAAAGGAGAUGAGAUUGUAGCCCCAUUUGGUGGUUCUGUAACUGUGGAUAGAGAGGACUCUAACACUGUUAUCAUCAGUUCAGAAGGAGGGUCUCUUCGAGGAAUCACAAUCUAUAUAACCAACAUAGAACCCAAAUCCAUCAUUGACACAGACGAGGGCAGAUCAUUUGCAGCGGGUCAACCAAUUGGUACAGCAACUGGUUCUGACUGUGAGAAUCACAUUCAUUUAGCAUUUAGAAAGGAUGGAGGCAGUUAUGUGGAUCCUACCAAGUAUCUUGAGUCAAUAAUUCCUGUUAUGCCUGUGUGGAAGCAGAUCUGUGAUGAUUACAAACUUGUUUUCAAGUUUGAGACCAUAGCUGCUGGGGUCAUAGUUGGCUUGGGUGGUGAAGAUCCACAAAACAAAGAUCCUACCCUUACCAACACAGAAGAAGCUUUCCCGAUUGAAAUACCUGAUAACAGUCAAGACCCAGAUGACACAAAGGAAAUCAAAUCUCAGCCAGAUGGCCUUUACAGCAAAGUACACUCUAGAUUAAGCAGUGCCCUAGAUUUUGAGACAGAUGACAACAAGUGUACUGCCAUCAUGAAUGGUGGCACCUCCAUUAACAAAAGAUCUACUUCCUUUGAAAAAGGGGGAUUCUCAAAAUUAUUAAAGACAGCGGACAAAUUUUUGGAGAAAUUUAACAUAAGACGUUUGAAGUUUGGCACAACAAUGGCAUUUUUAGACAGAUUUAGUAUGGAACAAAGCAAGAGUGCUUUGGGAAAGUUGAUGAAAGAAAUUAAGGAUAUCAUAGACAACACACCUUGUAGAAAUCCUUAUGAGAUGACAGAAGAUCAGCUGGUAAAUGAAUUGACAGAGAGGGGUAAAGACACAAAAGGAUCCAGAGAACAGCUGAUUGAAAGACUGGUGCAGUUAGAUAAAGAGUGCCCUUUGCUGUCCUUUACCAUGCCAAAGAGUAAUGUCUACUGCACCUUUGACAGCAUGUGUCUAGGACUGGAAUGUUGCAUUAACCUAAAGAUUGCCAUAUUCCAGAAAGUUUUCAAAGUGUGGGCACGUUUUGAUCCUUGUAAUUCUCCAGAAAUGUUGUUCACAUUGGGUUUGGAUUCAUACAAAUAUGAAAUUGAAAUUUCAGCCAGUAGCAGUUAUGAUGGAUAUGAAGGAGAAUUGAAAUCAGGAAAUAAACUGAAUAUACGUGGUGGAGUAGAGAUGGUCAUCAGAUAUAACAUUUUCAAGGGCACUAAUGCCACUUUGGCAACAUUUGGAGUUGGACUGUGUAGCUUUAAUGAUUCAGAAAAUUGUUUAGUGUUUAUUAACUUGUUGGACAAUGCUGUUCUACCUGUACCCACCUGUUUACCUGAUGGAUCAUUUGUGUGGCCUAAAUUGGAUUUAAAAAAGCUCUUCAUGAGAGAAUCACUGUAUAAACAAAUCAAGAAACAAGGAAAAUCUGUCAUCAAACAAGUAACCUCACAGCUAACAGAUGAGUUCCUGAAGUUGUUGAAAAUACCAAAGGACAAACUGAAUGAGGAUGUCCCCUUGCCUAAGCCUGAGAAAAUGACCCUGGGCCAGAUUACAUCAGAGCUGGAAAACAGAAACUUACCUACAACUGGUUCUAGACCAGAUCUCAAUGAGCGUCUUACAAUGGAUGAUCUAAUGUGUGUCAACUUUACUCUAGACAGAAAAAGCUUGUCAGAUGUCCUGUACUAUAAAAUUCAGAAGGACUGUCUGAGGAUAGAUGUUUGGGCAGAAAUUAAUUUGAAACUACUUGGUUACUCCUUUAGUAAAACCCUCUCAGCUUUCAUAGAGUUGGAUCCAUGCAGUUUUGUUUUCCAAAUUGGAUUUGAAAAAUUCUUGUGGACAAAAGUUAUAUUAAAUUACAACUGGGGGACAGAUGAACUUGCAGAAAUCAGUUCAAAUGUAAAAAUCAAAUACAACAUCGACAGAGAUUUAAAUAAAGGAAUAUUCAUUUUGAAUUUUGGGCUCUUGAUUUGCUUGUCCCCACCAUUGGAUUGCAUUGUAGAAGGGUAUCAGCUGACAGAUGUAAUGAUUCCUAUACCUCUUUGUGGAAACUUUACUUUUCCAGGUAAUGGCUCAUUUGCUGGAUUAUUGGAAAAAAUUGGAGGAAAGAUGACUGAGGAAGCCUUUGAACUCAUCCUUAAAAAAUUUGAAUUGAAUGAUGUAAUAACUUCAGGACUUUGUCCUGACAUUCCAUCAACCCCAGAAGAUUGUCCAACUGAGUUUGAUGUGCGAAAGAAUUUACCAGAAGAGCUGAAGGAGAUGGUAACAUGUGAACAGCCUCCUAACUGCUGGGGAAUUGACUGUUGUCUUCAGCUGACUUUCAACAUACCCCUGGGAGACACCAAAAUAACCAAGAACAUCCCAUUCUGGUUCAAGUUAGACCCAUGUGAUUUCUCCUUAGACAUUGCUUUUGGAAAGAAGACUCUUCUUAAAACACAUUUGUUGGAAUAUGAGUAUGGAAAGCAACACACUCUGUCACUUGGUUCAGGAAACCCAUCUCCAGUAGAAAUUUUAUACAGAAUUGAUCAAAUAGAAGGAAACAAAGGCUUUAUUGUGGAUGUAAAAAUACUAAUUUGUUUUGACUUCGAUGGCAUGGCAUCAUGUAUUCCAACAAGUGAUGGUCUUCAUCUAUUGAAAAACCAGGAAAUCCCUCUUUGUGACCAGACACAUUUGAUUGAUUUUAGCAAUUUCUCAUUGACUGAUUGGAUGAGGGAGAAGUCAUUGAAUCUCAAUGAACAGCUGUCAGAGGGCGCUGUGAUGUUACUGCUGGACCAGCUUAAUCUGACUGACUUCUUCCAAAGACCCAAAUGUGACAGAACCAGGAUGCCAUACAUACCCUCUAUACAAGGGAUCCAUAAUGAAUGUCCAAAGACCAUUGUUUACCUUCCAUCCAAGAUCCCCGACCCAAUGUCCUGCUACAUACCAGACUUCUGUACAGGGAUAGAGUGCUGUGCUGACAUUCCUGUCCUUGGUCUUGGGUUACAUGUGUUCGCUCUUCUGGACCUGGACAAACUGGAACUACGAAUAGGAAUGGAAAACAUUAAAGAGACCAUCAAACUUAAUGACUAUGUUUGGGGAGAGAUGAAGACCAUAAUUGUGGCUGGCGGGCUCAUUAAAUUAAUGUUAAAUGUGAAGCCAAUAACAAAUGAGAAUGUGUAUGUGUUCAAUGUUCAUGCCUCUGUGUGUCUGAAUGGAGGAGAAUGUUCGAUUGAUAUCCCAAUUUUAAGAAAUACCAGGUUACCAACAAUCAGAGCCAUAAUCACCGGAGAAAGCAAGAAUUUCUCGCUGGUUGAUUGGUUAAAAGAAAUGGAGAUACCUUCAGUAAGUGAUCUAAAGGACAAUGCCAAGACAUUACUGCUUCAGCAACUGGGUGUUGACCAAUACCUGUUAGACACACCCUGUAAUGAAUCUGAGGAUCUAUAUUUUCCCAAUGUCCAUGGAUGGAAAAAUGAGUGUCCAUUGGACUGGGUGGUUUUACCCCAGAUUACCUCAGACAAAGUAAGAUGCAGCCUGUCCUCUAACUGUACAAGGAUAGACUGCUGUGUGGACUUCAGUCUGCUGAACCUCAAACUUCAUUUCUUCCUACACUUUGAUAGGUGUAAUUAUGUUAUCUCUGGAGGAAUUGAAAAGAAAUCAUUCAGUUAUGGACUCCUGGAUUUCAAUAGCUUUUGGGGAAGAGAAGUUUCAGUGAAUGUUGCAAACGUUAUUUACAUCAAGUUCAAGGCCAUCCAACUUGAAGUAUCUAAGAAAUAUGUUCUGGACAUGGGCAUUUCAGUGUGCUUAGAACCUGAUAACUGUGAACUUGAGGUCCCUGUUCUAAGUCAAGUCCUUAUUCCCAUUCUGAAUUGCGAUCUCACAAUGGAUUUUAAUGUCAAAGGUUUUUCUCUUGUGAAGUGGAUGGAUGACCAAGGUCUGUCAUUUGAUGGAAGUUUGUCUACAGCUCUGGCUGCUGCUUUGUUUAAGAAGCUGGGAAUAGAUUCUUUCCUGAAGAAUCCAGCAUGUGAAAGGACAGAAGCACCUUAUAGUGUCAACAAACUGGACAACAGCGGCUGGUCCUCAGAGUGCCCAGCCAUAUUGGCAUUGCCUAAAAUAAGGGGAACUACUGCCUGUCACAUAAAAAACACAUGUACAGCUAUCAAAUGCUGUGUAGAAGUUGGAAAAGUCAGCAGGACAUUUGAGUUUGAGCUGGAUAUUGACUUCUGUAACCAGAAAAUGACCUUUGGAAUAGAAAAACUAACAGAAACUGUAUCUCUUCAGGGAUUUGAAUAUGGUAAAAGAAAGGAGAUUGUCAUUAUGGGAGUAGUCAAACUUUGGUGUACAAUUUGGGGUCAUGAAGGAGAAGGUGUUUAUGUAGUAUCAGUAGAUUUAGCUGUCUGCUUUGAAGAUGGAGGAGUUUGCCUUGUGAAUGCAAAUAUUUUAGAUCAAGCAAAGCUGUCUAAACAGGCUUGUGUUUGGGGAAAUUCAUUUUUAAACCCAGAUUUUUCCUUGGAACAGUUUAUGAAAGACAGUGCAGUCUCAACUUAUGACCAGAUAAAAGGUCUUGCUCUUGAUAAAUUGAAAGAGGCACUUGGUCUUCCUACAUUCUUGAAUGAUCCUCCUUGUUCUUUAGGAGAUCCCAAGUAUGUUCCAAAUGUUGGAGGGGUUAAAAAAGCAUGUACAAAGGACCUUUCUCAGUCUGGCUUUUCUCUCCCAACACUUCCCAGCAGCAUGGUUUGCCAGAUCACAGAGUUCUGUACAGGAGUUGACUGUUGUAUUAGAGCAGAACCAAUCCAUCACAGCUUCCAUGCCUACCUUGACAUAGAUCCAUGUAACUUUACCAUUAGAUUUGGUAUUGACAAAUUCCAGUUUCAGAUCUACAUGCAGGAGUACAGUUUUGGAGUUGAAAAAGAUGUCAGAUUGUUCAAUGUUGUUCGCAUUAAGUUCCAGAUAUGGGAUUUAUCAGCUGAAAACCAGUAUCUUGUCAAUCUCAGAUUUAGUGUUUGCUUUGAUUCCAAGUCUGUCUGUUUACUGGAUAAAGUUAUUUUCCAUGAGAAGCGUCUGCCAAAGAAAGUUUGUGACUUUGCUGGAGCAGCACUAAUAUCAAACUUUUCCCUGGAGGAAUGGAAGACAUCCCUUGGUUUAUCAACAGAGAAUCUAUUGCCCAUCUUGACAGAUCAGCUGAUGGAACAUCUAGGGAUAGCUGGAUACUUGAAAAGACCACAGUGCAGUAUGACCAGUAGUACUGAAGGAUGGAUUGAUAAAUGCCCAAAAUCAGAAUUGUACAGGAAGCCUAGCCUUGCUGGGCUACCAGUGUUGUGUUCCAUUUCAUCAAAGUGCACAGAAAUUCACUGCUGUGUUCAAGUUAAACCAAUAGGAAGAAACUUUGAGACUUACCUCAAUCUUGACACAUGUAACAAAAGUUUGGUUGUUGGAAUUGAGCAGUACAGAAGGAAAAUAAAUCUUCUGGCAUACACAUUUGGAACAAAAAGCAAGCUUUGGCUGCAAGAUGUGAUAAAAAUUGAAUACAGUGUAGAAGACCUUCCAGGGGACAAAAAGUAUGUGGUGAAUAUGAAGGUGGAGGUCUGUUUAGAACAAGGCAAACCAUGUCUGUUCUCACAAGAUAUUGCUAAAGAUCUCUACUUACCAAAGAUUGAUUGUGAUUGGACACAGGACUUUUCAAAGUUUUCUCUAAGUGAAUGGUACAGGAACAUGUCUCAUUCUGUUGGGGCGGUUCUAUCAGCUACCCAGCUCUCCAUUUUGAAAGAAGCAUUAGGGGUCACAAACUUUUUGUUACCCAAAACAAAACAAUGCAACAGAAUGUCACCAAAUUACAAACCUGAGUCCUUAAGUAAUGGUGGAUGGAAAAUAGACUGUCCAGAAAUGAUAAUGGGUUUAACAAAGAUUACGAGUGGACUACCCCUGAGUUGUCACAUAAAGAGUCAGUGUACCGCUAUUGAAUGUUGUCUAGAUCUACAGAACCCUCUACAACAAACCAUUCACUUCUUCCUUGACCUUGACUUUUGUCUACAGACACUAAAAGUGGGAAUAGAAAACUAUGUAUAUGAGAGGACACUCUUCUCCUACUCUUAUGGCACUCAAGACUACUUCAAACUGGCAGAUGUUGUACAGAUUUUAUACCAGAUUGAUAAAGUAAAUAAGACCAGUCUAGAACUAUCCAUGAGAGUUAAAAUCUGUCUGGAAGAAAACACAUGUGUCUAUAAUGUCACAAUACUGGACAAAGUGGUCUUUCCUAAACCAGGAUGUAGCUGGGACUUCGCUUAUGCCAUCCCAGAUUUUUCUUUGAAAAAUUGGUACAAUGAUAUUGGGGCAAGCAUUGGCUCUCAGUUGUCCAAACUUAAUGCUGCAAAACUGUUGGAGGAGCUUGGUAUUGCCAAAUUCACCCAGGAAAUACCUUGUCAGAGGGCUGGCCCAGCAUAUAGCCCACAUGUGAAUGGAUGGAAAUCAGACUGUCAAAUGGAAGUGAUGAGCAGUCCAAUCACAGACCCUGUUUCGUGUCUGAUUAAGGACACCUGCACUGCAGUCAGUUGUUGUAUGGACAUUGACUUUCUACAGAGGUCUUUCGAAGCCAAUGUCACUGUGGAUGCUUGUAACCACUGGAUCUCAGUCGGCAUUGAAAAGUUGAACUUUAACAUUAGCAUUGAUGACUUGUCAUUUGGUACUGAGAACAAAUUUUACUUGAACAAAGUAAUCAGACUGAACUACAAGUUAGAAGAUAUGCCAAUUGAAAGACAGUUUAGAGUAACCAUCAGCUUAAAGGCAUGUUUUGAGGCUUCAGAUGACAAUCAAUGUAUCAUUAACAUUGACAUCUUCAAGGACACACUUCUACCCAAGAAAAUCUGUGACUGGACAGAAGGAUUUUCCACAGCUAAUUUCAGUUUGUCAGAGUGGUACCAGGACCUUUCACUACCAGAGGGAUCCAUUCUCUCCAAGCUUAACAUGGACAAUCUCUUGGAUAAGCUGGGAAUAAGAUCUUACCUAAACACAGUUAACUGUUCCUUUAAUUCCACAACAUACAGCCCAGCUAACAGCAAAGGAUGGAAGAAUGACUGCAAAAUGGACCUGACCUCCAGUUUGCCAACCCUCCCAUCAACGGCUAGAUGUAAUAUACCUGACUACUGUACAGGAGUGACUUGUUGUGUGGCAGAAGAUUCUGUACUAAGGCAUAAUUUUACUGUGGGAGUCAAACUUGAUGACUGUAACCACAUACUGACGUUUCAAAUUGAAAAACUUAAAAUUGAAAUACCACUCAAGAAUUACAGCUUUGGUGUCACAGAAAGAAGAUAUCUCAUGAGUGUUGUACAAUUUGAAUUCAAGAUAGAUGACAUCCAGAUAGAAAAGACAUAUAAAAUCUCAGCAAGCAUUAAAGUAUGUUAUGGAGUAGGACCUUGUUCUCUUGACACUAUUCAGCUGAUCCAGGAUUUUAAGCUUCCAAAAACCUUGUGUGAAUGGGGAACUGGAUUCAUUUCAGAUUUUUCCUUGCAAUCAUGGCUGUUGGAUAGGGGAUUCAACAUAAACACUACUCUUUCUUCUGUCAGUGUUGCAUCACUUCUUUCAGCAUUAGGGAUGUCAGAUUUCUUAAGAGAUCCACAGUGUAGAAGAACAGAAACAAAUUAUCAGCCAAACAGCAAUGGAUGGAAAAAUGAUUGUCCCACUAUCCAAGUUCUUCCUGCAUUACCCAGCUCAGUGUCCUGCCACAUUCCCAACACCUGUACCAGUAUAGACUGCUGUGCUGAGGUACCCUUCCUUAAUGGUCGCUCCAUCAAUGUACAAGUCCUCAUGGAUCCCUGUGAAGCUAUCAUGAGUCUGAACAUUGAGAAAAUGCAGUACAACAUUACUCUGUUUGAUUAUGAUUUUGGAACAACUGAUCAUUUCACACUGCAAGGAGCCAUCAGGAUAGAUUUCAACAUACAGAAUAUGGUUAUGGAGAGGAAGUACCUGUUGAACAUGAACCUGAGUGUUUGUAUGGAGACCUCUGAUCUCUCAGAUUGUGUGUACUCGGUGGUUAUAUUCCACAAUACUAUACUACCUAAACAACUCUGCAGCAUGGAACUGGACUACCUGAAUCCUGAUUUUAACCUUUCAUCCUGGAAAACCUUGCAUGGUUUUGGCUCCAUUUUGACCCAUGAACAGACCAAGAAGUUAUUGAGGGAGGUGGGUGUUGAGGAAUAUGUAGGAGUUGGGUGUUCUAGGAAUGAUGCACCUUAUGCUCCAGAGAUGCACAAUGGGUGGAAUGUACCCACAGCAUGUAAAGUGGAUCCCCCUACCUUGCCCAGUAACAUCAACUGCCACAUCUAUGAAUCCUGUACUGGUAUCAGUUGUUGUUUUGAUGACUCUAUCACUGGGACGUCCUACCAGAUCUCAGUCACUGUAGACUCUUGUGGGGAGACCCUGGUCAUCACACUGGAGAAAAUGAAGUUUGUCAUUUCCUUGUUUGAUUAUCCCAUGGGAACCAAGAGGACUGCACAACUAUUUGGAAUUUUGCAGCUUGAGUACAUGAUUGAUGACAUGCAUUUUCUUGGAGAAAUUGUCAUAAGUCUGAAAGCUAAAAUUUGCUACUCAAAAAACAGAGCUUGUGAGCAUGAAAUUUCAAUUCUAGAAGAUUUCAGACUCCCAAAACCCCUCUGUAAUUUUAGUUCAGGAAAUUUUGCCAUUCCAGAUUUUUCACUCAGUAAAUGGAUGGUUAAUGUUGGAAAUAUAGGAGAUAAGUCUUCUCUUGAGCAAUGGGCUGUUGAUCUAUUGAAAUCAGAAUUGAAGCUUUCCAACUACAUGCUGGAUCCAAUGUGUAAAAGAUCACAGUAUUUAACAGGCAGUGGCAACUGGAACCUAAGUGCAUGUUCAAGGAAAAUCAUAGUACCACCUUUACCUAGUCAUACAUCAUGUGCUCUGUCUGCUUCCUGUGCUGGUGUCACAUGCUGCACAGAUAUAGCUCUACUGAAAACAACUGUUCAGACAGAAAUCAGAGUGGACAGAUGCAGAGGAAAAGUUUUCAUCCAUUUAGAAAAACUGGAAAUAGUUAUUAUGCUCAAGGACUUUGUUUAUUCAUCAUGGCAAACCUAUACCCUACAAAAUGUGUUCAGAUUGAAAUACAAAAUUGAUUACCUUUCUGCUGAGUCUGCAUUCAUGUUCAACAUCAGAUUCAGUGCUUGUUUUGAAAGUAAAGGGGACUGUAUGCUGAGCAUUUCUAUCAUGCAAGAUGUGAAAAUACCAAUCUUACCUUGUAAUUUCAGUAUGCAAGACUUUGCAAUACCAGGUUUUAGUCUCAAUGAUUACUUAAUCAGUAAAGGAAUUCCAACAUCUAUCAAUUCCCUGUCAAGUGUAUUGGCAGAUCAGUUGUUGGACUCUCUUGGCAUCAGCAAGUUCUUCAAUGAAAUUCCAUGCAACAGAUCAUCUUUUAUUGGGACAUCAUCGGGCUUUGAUAUAGGAUCUUCCUGUACACAAGAUGUUUCCUCCUACCUCCCAACUCUCUCUGCUGAUACAAGCUGUAGGAUCUCCUCAGGGUGUACUGCUAUACAAUGCUGUACAGACAUCUCUCUUAUUGGAAAGACUCUGAACUACACUAUCAGCAUUGAUGCUUGUGCGCACUCCUUAAUGUUACAAAUAGAGGCCUUCCAGUGGGAACUUUCUCUUGUGGAUUUCGAAUUUGGAAAGGAGCAGAAGUUCAGCAUUGAUCAAAUCUUCUCAAUUAGGUACAGGAUCAUUGAACUGAUUGGUCAAGGCCAGUACCUUAUAGACAUGAGGCUAAGUGUGUGCUUUAGUGAUGGGUCACCUUGUCAGCUGGAGAACACUAUUGUCAGUAACUACCUUGUCUCUAAACCAGUUUGUGCUUGGUUUAAUGGAUACAAGGUCUCAGGGUUUUCUUACUCAAAUUGGUUAUCUGUCAAUAACAUCAACCCAUCUGAUGAGCUGACAAGGACCAGCAUUUCAAAUCUUCAAGAGGCACUUGGGCUUACAAAAUACAUGAAGAAAGAAGCAUGCAUUAGUGAGAAAAUACUCUACAAAAACCCUUACCAAGGAUGGACUUCAGCCUGCCUGUCAGACAGAGAUAUCAGUAAACCUGUCUUGGAUUCCAGUAACAUAACCUGUCACCUACAUAAAUCCUGUACAGGUGUACAGUGUUGUGUCAGCCUACCUCACACAGACUUCUCUGUAGGGACAUUUGUAGAAAUCAGUCCAUGUGAUCAUCAACUUAGAGUGGGAAUAGAAAAUCUGAAAUUCAACAAAAGUCUGUUUGGUUACAAUUUUGGGGAGAGAGAAAAAUUUGACCUGUUUGGUUUGGUGGUAGUUGAUUUUCAGAUAAUAAAUCUGGAAUAUAUUGGAGAGAAUGGGAAGUACUUGGUGAAUUUAAACAUAAGUGUUUGUUUGGAAUCGGGACAACCUUGUGAGACAAUAAUUCCAGUAUUUGUCAAUAGUCUACUGCCAAAGAAAGCAUGUGGAAGGGGGCUGGGCUUCCUGGACACAGCUUUUUCCUUGUUCACCUGGAAAUCCCACCAUGGUAUAUCCCCAGGAGUCUCUCUGGAUGUUCCUCAUGUCAAACAGCUUCUCCAGGACCUGGGGGUAUCACACCUCCUGUUGGAUGAUAAUCAGAGAUGUGACUGGACCAAACCUCCGUACAGUACUGUCAACAGUACAGGAUGGGCAGAUGAUUGUGACAGGGCAACAGAGAACCUUCCUUCCCUUGGUCCCAACAUACGAUGUGCUGUUUCUGCUUCUUGUACUGACAUCAGGUGCUGUAUGCAUUCUGAUAUUCUGGGGGAGAACGUAGAGGCUUCUGUCAUUAUAGAUGCCUGUGAUGGCAAAGUCUCGGUGGGGUUAGAAAAGUACCAAUGGACUGAUAAACUGCUGGGGUACAAAUUCGGAGAGGUGAAACAUGUUUCUUUGAUGGGAAUGGUCAACUUAGAUUACAUCAUAACAGACCUGGAAACAUUCUUUGGAGUAACUCUGAACCUAAGCAUAUGUUUUGAAUCCCAUAAAACCUGUGAGAAAGUUUUUCAGGUCUUUAAUGAACACAAACUCCAUAAACCUUUUUGCAACUGGACUAGAGGCUUUGUUAUAAGUGAUUUCUCUUUGGAAGGCUGGAUGGCAUCUAGUGGAUAUCCUCUUACUGUUGCUCUACCCUCAUAUGCUGCCUCACAACUGCUACAUGACCUUGACAUUAUUCAAUACUUAGGAGAAUCUAGCUGCAACAGGAAAUCCAUUCCCUUCUACCCAAGCAAAAUUGGAUGGAAUAAUGGAUGUGACCAGUAUGUGUCUCUUGGUGGUAUCCCUGCUGGAACCACAUGUCACCUGUAUGAUUUCUGUACUGGAGUCAGAUGCUGCUCAGAUAUCCCCCUGCUGGACAGGUCUAUCAACACCUGGCUAAUAGUGGACCACUGUAACUACAAACUCAGUGUGGGAUUCGAAAAAUUUUCUAUUAAUAUCAGCCUUCAAGAUUAUGUAAUGGGAAGCAGACAAGACAUCAGUAUCAAUGGCAUUUUCAGAAUACAAUACAGUAUAGAAGAUUUGUCAACUGAAGGGAAGUAUCUUGUGAACAUGAAUCUACAAAUCUGCUUUGAAGCAAAUAAAACAUGCAUGGUUGAUGCACCUGUUUUCAAACACACUAAACUUCCAAAGAAACCUUGUGAAUGGAUGACAGAUUUUAUUGAUGAAGCAUUUUCUUUUGAUGCUUGGAAACAAAUGAAAGCAAUCAUUACAUCCGGCCUUUCUGACAAUUUCCGCACAGAACUUCUUAAAGAUCUUGGUCUAUCUCCCUUCAUGUAUGCAGACAGUAAAAAAUGUAGCAAUAUCAAAACACCAUACAUUGGAGCUGUAGAUAACUGGAAUAAUGAGUGUAAUGGGACACUACUGGCUCCCCUCCCCUCUCUAGCUGGUGAAGAUAUCACAUGUCACAUCUCCAGCUCUUGUGCAGCUGUACAGUGCUGUGUCAAUGUCCCAAUCAUCAGCACCACAUUUCACACGAGACUGGAAGUAGAUCCUUGUAAUUUCCUCAUGACUGUUGAGAUAGAACAACUUAAAUUCACCAGAAAACUGUUUGAUUAUGAGUGGGGAAUGGAGGAGCAAGUCUGGCUAUUUGGUGUGGUCAGAAUGACGUUCAGUGUGUUUGAUUUAUAUACUAAAGGAUACUUCAUUGUGAAUCUGAAACUUGAAGUUUGCUUAGAGGCUGCAAAGGUACCUUUGUGUGAAGUAGCUAUUCAACCCUUGAGAGACUACUACCUGCCAAAGAAAAUUUGUGAAUGGAAUGCUCCUUUUAGCAUCAAAGGGUUUUCACUGGCUGCCUGGCAGAUUGCAGAAGGUGUUGCCAACACAGUGCCUAUAGAUAGUAGUGUAGUUGAUGGUCUUCUCUCUGAUUUGAAUGUAGCAGCACUUAUGUAUUAUCCCUCCUGUUCAUGGGCAGACAUUGAUUAUUCUAGUGCUACCACAAACAUGCAAACUUACUGUCCUGUGUCAGUGCAGACAUCUCUCUCAUCCAUUGCUGAUCAAGCUCUGUGCAGUGUUUUCUCAUCUUGUACCAACAUUAAGUGCUGUGUCAAUGUCCCACUCCUUAACAGGACGUUUGAGGUAGGAAUGGAACUUGACUACUCUUACUACUCACUGAAAGUCAGUGUGGAGAAGAUGACCAGGAGACAGUCUCUUAUUGGAUACACAUUUGGAAGAGAACAGACACUGAGCGUACAGGGAGUUUUCAAACUAAUAUAUCAAGUAAAUGAUUUGGUGGAUGGAAACUUGCUUGAUAUAAGCUUAAGAGCAGAAGCUUGCUUUAAUGAUGGUGGAACAUGUGCUGUCAGAAUUCCUAUCUUAACCAAUGCUCUGAUACCAAAGAGGAACAGGAAAUGGUCAUCUCAGUAUACCGUCAAAGAUUUUUCAUUAAGUCAGUGGAAGACUGAAAAAAUGAUUGCUGGAAAUUUAAAGCAACACCAGAUCCAUGAACUGCUAGAGAUGCUAAGUCUGCAACCAUACACUAGGGCAAAUUCUUGCAGUAGACACAAUCCACCAUAUAAUACUGCAGCCUCUGAUGGAUGGGUCAAUGGUUGUACAGUUCUAAACACCUUAGUGUCACUGAAUCCUUACCCCAUGACUUGUAACCUUGACAACACCUGUACCAAUGUCACCUGUUGUGUUGAGUCACCUGUAAUCAACUCUACAUUUGAAGUUUUCGUGGACAUCGAUCCCUGUACUAGAAUGCUGUUCCUCAGGAUAGAGAAAUUGACGGCCCAAAUUCCUUUCAAGGACAUAAAGUGGGGAUCCAAGAACAGUUUCCAUCUCUUCAGUGUGAUUCACCUUGAGUACACCAUCAAUGAUUUGUACUCCCAGAACUUCUACUUGGUUGACUUACAACUGUCUGUCUGUUGGGAGACAUACAAGGAUUGUGUGUUUACUGCAGCUGUUUUGCAAAACACAUUCCUACCAAAAAGACAUUGUGUUGAAAAAAUGAAUUUUGAGAUUCCAUCCUUUUCUCUCACAUCCUAUGGUGUAACUCAUGACCUGGACUUGGACAAUCUUUCUGUGACUGAUUUUACAUACCUCUUUAAUAACCUGGGUAUAUCCAGUUACCUGUCCCCUGUCGUGUGUAACAGGACAAGUGAAUUGUACCAACCUGCAAAUGAUGGUUGGAAAUAUGAGUGCCCAAAGGCUGCCGUUCUUGCCUCACUGCCUGGUAAUGUGAACUGUCACAUGACUUCCAAAUGUAGCAGAAUUAGCUGUUGUAUGGAUGUGACAAAGUUGAUGUCCCGCCCUGUGACCUUUCACCUCUCUGUGGACAGUUGUAGUUGGAUGAUUGGUUAUGGGAUUGACAGCUUCAUUGUAAAUCCUUUUGUGAUGUCAGAUUUUGAGUUUAAUGUUUGGCAUGAGUUCUGGAUGAAAGGAAUAUUCCGUAUGAGAUUCUCCAUCACCGAUUUACAAGGAAUAGACCAAUUUCGAGUCAGCCUUAAGAUCAUGGCCUGCUUUGAGAGCGGAGCUGCUUGUGAUCAGGAGGUUGUCUUACUCAACAAUACACUACUGCCUAAAAGAAACUGUGAAAUGGUCCUAGGAACACCAAUCAAAGAUUUUUCAAUUGGGCAGUGGAAAGCAGAGAAAAUGGUUACAACAAUGAAUGAAUACAACAUAGCUAUUUUAGAGGAGGAAUUGGGAAUGUUUGGAUACAUGUUCAACAAAACACAUGCCUGUGACAGGUCUCCCAAAUUUUCCACUUCAUCUGGAUGGACUAAUGAUUGCCCAGUGACUUUAACAUCUUCUUUACCAUACAUUAAUGGUCCAUUUUCUUGCAAUUUGGGAUCAUCCUGUUCUGGUAUCACCUGUUGUGUGAAUGCUGAGCCAAUGGCAAGACACCUAACUUUUACAGCUAAACUAGAAUUCUGCCAGGACAGAAUCACACUUGCCAUUGACGAAUUUGAACUAGAAACAAAAAUCAGCAAAAUAAUCUCUACAGGGAAAGAAGAAGCUCUGAACAUCAGUGGAAUUUACCAGUUAAAAAUAUCUGUGGAAGACCUUGCUAACUCCAACAUAUACCUAGUCAGCCUCUCUCUCUCAGCAUGCUGGGAUGGAAUUUAUUCCUGUGAGGAGUACACAAUUUUAUCCAACACCAGACUUCCCAAAUCUCUGUCUCAGCCAUACUGUAACUGGCAGGGGACGUAUGCCAACCCUAGUUUUACACUGACCUCUUGGUUAUCCUCCAAGGGAUACCCUGAGACUUCACCACUGAUGGAUGUACCAUUACAGGACCUUAUGGAGCAUCUCAAACUUAACAGGUUCAAGGGAGAAGACUGUGACAAAUCAUCAGUUUUACAUAUGCCAAGUAACAGUACUGGAUGGAACAACACUUGUGCCAGUCCCCCUGAUUUGGUGCCCCUGUCCAGUACACUGACCUGUCACUUGCCUAGCUCCUGUACAGGACUGGACUGUUGUGUGUCCAGCACUGAGUUAGGACAGAGCUUCAGGACUUACCUAGAUAUUGAUCCCUGUACAUCCAGGAUCACUGUGGCUAUUGACAACUGGAGAUUUACAGAACUGUCAAAGGAAUCCAUCAAGAUGCUGGACACUGAAUUCCAAAGAAGUAUUUGGAUGAAUGGAGUUGUAAGAAUGGAUAUUCAUUUGAAGAAUCUAUGGUACGCUAACAAAUAUCUGGUCAGUCUUAACAUAAGCAUAUGCCUUGAAAAUCAAAGUCCGUGUGAAGUAAAGCAGACAAUCUUCAGGAAUACCCUGCUUCCAAAGAAAAAAUGCAGUUGGAUUCAAGACUUACCAAAUGGAUUUUCUCUUUCACCAUGGAAAAUGAACAACUCACUUGGCCCUCACGAGAAACUCUCAGAUAUCAUGAUUUCUAAACUUGAUGACUAUUUAGGAUUAUCAAGCUACAGAAAACCAUCCAAGUGCAACAGGAGAAGUUCACAGUUCUGGCCAACAUUCAAUGGAUGGAAGGAGGACUGUAGAUUAUCAGGCCUCCCUUACAACCUGGAGAAGAAGACGUCCUGUCAGCUUCACUCUAGCUGUACCUCCAUCACCUGCUGUACAGAGGACACAGAGCUACAGACCACAAUCUCCUGGUUCUUACACAUUGACUCCUGUCGUCUAAAACUGAGUGUCGGAAUAGAGGAGUGGAAGGCUGACUUCUCUCUCAUUGACUUCAACUUUGGAGAAAACAAGAUAUUCCAGCUUGGUGGAGUAUACAGGAUCAGUUAUACUCUUUAUGACCUGCCUUUCGACUCACACUACAUGUUGAGUGUGAAUAUCAGCAUAUGCUAUGAACCAAAUCACUGUAUGCUGACAGAGAGUAUACUUAAGGAUAUGAUGCUACCCAGACCUGUGUGUGACUUUAAAACCACAACAUAUGAUAAACCAGGUUUUUCAUUGAAUUCCUGGAUUACUGAAAGAGAACUUGCAGAGUCCUCAUUACCAGAAUACAGUAUCUCUGAGUUGUAUGAAGAUCUAGGACUAGCUAUGUUUGUGAAAGAAAAUUCCUGUAGUAUAAGUACAAACUUCAGCUCCUUGACAAAUGGAUGGGCAAAAGACUGUCCACACCCCAUUACAACUGAAGGACUACCACCAGAUCUAGCUUGCUACAUUCCUAACUCCUGUACUGCAGUGUAUUGCUGUGUAAAUGCCAGUACUCCAUUCCAGACAUCACUCUCAGCCUUCCUAGAUCUUGAUCCUUGUAAUAACAGACUACUGAUUGGCAUAGAGGACUUCAUUCACAGUUUUUCACUGUAUGACAUUCCUUUUGGUCAGGAGAAUUUUUAUUAUCUAAAGAAUAUUAUCAGAAUGCGGUAUCAAAUUUAUGAUUUAAAAGCAGAAAGAAAAUACCAGAUCACUCUACAUAUAAGCUUUUGUUUGGAGUCCAGUGGUGCCUGUAGGAUUGAGAGCACAGUGUUCCAAAAUGCCUUACUGCCUAAAAAAGUUUGUCAGCUGUACUCUGGAUUUGUUAAAUCUAACUUUUCAUUGAGUCAUUGGAAAUCAGACAGGGGCAUUUCCAACUUGACAGAAAGGGAGAGUUAUUUACUUCAAGAAGACUUGAUGAUCGCGCAAUAUCUAAGAACAUACUAUUGUUCCCAGCAAUCAGAAGUCUACAUCCCCCAUAUAAAUCACUGGAAAGAUGAGUGUGGAAGGGUCCAUGGCAUCACCCAGUUCACAGCCUCAGACAAAAUCAACUGUUACAUGGCUUCUAACUGUACAACAGUCACAUGUUGUAUGUUUGACAGUGUUCUGUCCAGAAAUAUAGAAGUCAGUCUGAAAAUUGAUUCCUGUAGAUUCAGCAUGAGAGUGACAAUUGAAAAACAAAUUUUUGAUAUAAGUUUAUUGGACAUUAAGUGGGGAGAAGAAAGUAAGGUAGACAUGUAUGGGGUGUAUGUUAUAAGAAUGGUGAUGCAGAACUUUUACAAUGAACACAAGUAUCUUCUAAGUAUGAACAUCAGUCAGUGUUAUGAACCAGAAAACUGUGAUGUCCAUCAUGUACUGUUCAAAAACUCAGUCAUACCAAAAGCUGUCUGUGAUUGGUCCAUUGACUAUCAAAUAAAAGACUUUUCAUUAUACCUUUGGAAGCUGAAUAGAGGCCUUGAUAUGAGCACAGAUGGAAUAGGAGAUACAUACAUACCACAGUUGAUGGAAGAACUUGGUAUUGCAUCAUACUCCCAUAAGCCAAUGUGUUCAGUUUCACCUGGCAAUACAUUGGGGAGAGUCAAUGGAUGGACAACAGAUUGUGCAAUGAACAUCAGCUUACCCACACUAAAUCACAAUGUAAACUGUGAUAUGCUGUCCUCCUGUACUGGAGUGAGAUGUUGUGUGCAUGCUUCACUUCUGAAGAGGAACUAUGAAGUCUUCUUCAGCAUUGACCACUGUACCAGCAGCCUCAGCAUACAAAUUGAACAGGUGUACCAUAACCAAACUCUGGCUGGACUUCAAUGGGGUAAAGCGUAUGAUUUCAAGCUGCUGGGAGUUUACAGAAUCAGGUAUAUUGUGUAUGACCUGCCAGAGGAAGAUGUCUACCUACUUUCCCUGGAUGUGAUGGACUGCUAUGAAUCUACCAAUCCUCAGUGCAGUACAACGGCAACCUUUACUGUGUUCAACAAGGCAGUCAUUCCCAAAGCUCAGUGUUCCUGGGAUCAGAGUUAUAGAAUAAAAGAUUUUUCUCUCAAAUCGUGGCUAGCUAAAAAUCAGCAGGAAAAUGCAUCUGACCUCCUCACUCAUGACUUUAAACUUGUUCAACUGCUGGAUGAGCUUUCAAUAUCACAGUACUUUGAAAUGUCCUCUUGUAGCAUAUCCAGCCUGAGCUCAAGUUUUGGAUGGACUUCUUCAUGUACCAAGUCUGUAUCCAAACCCAGCAUCACUGGAGGUCUUUGUCAUUUAUCAGAGGAUUGUACUUCAACAGAGUGCUGCUUUAAUGUGGACUUUUUACGUCACAGUUUCAAAACAUUCCUCAGUAUUGAUCCUUGUAGUAAAGUCCUGUUUGCUGGUAUUGAGAAGCUGACAAGAGAAAUAUCUCUUGUUGAUUAUGAAUAUGGCAAAGUUGAAAACUUGUGGCUUGGCGGGGUUGUCAGACUAGAUUUUCUGGUGGAGGACCUUUAUGGAGAGCGACUAUAUCUUGUGAACAUAAAUGUCAGUUUUUGCUUCGAGUCUGCUGGAAAAUGCUACAAAAGUAUUGCAGUGUAUAAAAACACACUCCUACCCAAAAGAAUCUGCCCAUGGGAUCAAAGUCAAGGUUUCUCCUUGAGUGAAUGGAAGAGAAAACACAGCAUUCCAUUUGGACCUUUGGAUACUUGGACAAAGUCACUAUUGUUGGAAUACUUGGACAUUGCACAGUACAGAGAUUCCAAUGAAUGCAAAAGAGGAGAAGGAUUUUAUGCAUUCACCACUUAUAAUUACAGAGACACAGGCUUUAAUCUGAAUGCUUCAAUCAUUUCCCAAUUGUGUCAACUGGCUAUAGAUCUAGAAAACAACUCAUUGACAACAGAUUCAGCCAGACGAGUGACCUGUUAUGUACCCAGCCUGUGUACUGCUGUAGACUGUUGUGUAGAUGUCCCCUCACUGGACAUGUCAUUCCAUACCUACAUCUCCAUUGAUCCUUGUCAGUAUAUGCUCAAGAUUGGAAUAGAAAAGUACAGCUUUCAGAGGUCACUGGAUCAGCUGAGAUUUGGUCAAGAGGAAGUAUUUACUUUAGCUGGAAUUGUAAAAAUGAUCUACAGAAUAGAGGACUUGCCAGCAGAGAAGUUGUAUGUGAUGACAGUGAAGCUGAGUGUUUGUACAGAGACCUCAGGAUGUGAAGCCAAUCAUACAAUAUUUAACAACAUGCUGCUCCCUAAACAACCAUGUCAAUGGAAUGAGGGAUUUGUUAACUUGAAUUUCUCUGGCUCUGCCUGGAUGACUAACAAUGGCUACACCACUCCCCUCUCUGAGUCCCAGUCUGCAGAGCUGAUGAAGGAGAUGAGGGCUGCACCCUACCUACUGGCUGAUUCCUGUGACCCAGACUCAGGAAUUUACUCAUCUUCAAUUAAUGGCUGGAAUAACUACUGUCCUAAAGAAAUGUCCUUAACCAAUUUGACUGGAAGUUCAGUAACUUGCCACAUUCCCUACCUCUGUAAUGAGAUACAGUGUUGUGUGAGAGCUGAGAACAUCAAAAGGAGUUUCCAGGUUGUAGUCAGUCUUGAUCCCUGCUCCCAGAUCAUGCUCAUCAAACUAGAGAGGCUGACCAUCAAAGUUGAUCUUCUGAAUUUUCAGUUUGGCAAAACCCAACAGUACAGUCUGGUUGGAUUUCUCAAAGCUGAUUUGAAAAUGUAUGACUUGCCUUAUCAGAAGCAGUAUAUGAUAAGUCUUGUACUGAGUGUCUGUUUAGAGAGCAGUGGAACUUGUAACUUAGUAUCAACUUUACUAGACAAUUCUCUACUGCCAAAGACUGAAUGUGAUUGGUCCUUGGGACUUGAAGGAUUUUCUUUGCAAAAUUGGCUUGCUACAAAAGAUGAAAGCAUUGGAACUGUCUCAUUACCUGAACAUGUACAGUACAUGCUACUGGAGGAGAGAGGUAUAGCUAACAUGAUGAAGGAUACUCCCUGUAGUAGGACAGGUGACAGCAUGUAUAACUCAUCCACUCCAGUCAAUGGGUGGCUGACAGACUGUACUUCAUCAACAUCAAACCUGACAGAGUUACCCUCAGAAAUCACUUGUUAUUAUCAUGGUUCCUGUACUGCAGUUAGCUGCUGUAUGGACAUAGUGAAGUUUGACAACAGAUCUAUAGAAGUGUCCAUCAUCUUUGAUGAGUGUGCCAACUUCCUGACCCUGAAAAUCGAGAGGAUAUUUCAAACAGUUUAUUUGCAUGAUUUCUCCUUUGGCACAGAACAGAAAUUAACACUUAAAGGCAUUUUUCAACUGGGAUACACCAUAACUCGUAAUAUGUAUACUCGAAAAUACGAGUUUCAAGUGGAAAUAAUGGCAUGCUAUGAACCAUUAUAUUGUGACCAAGUGGUAACCAUUCUAAACCAGACAUCAUUUGACAUGAAAGACUGCACUUAUCAGGAGGGAUUUCUGAAUUCCAGCUUUUCCCUCAGUGCUUGGCUGGCCUCCUGUGCUAUACCCCAUGUAGAUGACAUGACUGUACCUCAGGCCAGUGAACUCCUGACAGAACUCGGACUGGACCACUUCCUGGAUUCUACAGACAGGUGCUCUCUGUCUGACACAGUGUACGGAGCAGCAGCAGGAAAUGGAUGGAACAAUGAAUGUGAGCAGUAUCUCAACUACACCUUACCAAUCCUUACAAACAAGAAUCAAGUUUUGUGCCAUGUUCCCUCUACAUGUGAUAGGGUGUCUUGCUGUGUCUACAUUGCUCCUGUUCAAAGACAUGCUGAAGUUGAACUUGUACUUAAUACAUGCAGUUACCAGAUGGAGGCCUCAAUUGAUAACCUUAAAAUCAGCCGUAACUUGUUCACAUACGCAUGGGGCACAAUGGAGAAAAUUGGAAUUCAUGGAGCUAUAAGAUAUGGGUUUCAUGUCACAAAUGUGGUAACUGAGAAGAAAAUCAAAGUUGAUGGGAAUAUCUCAUUGUGCUUUGAACAAAGCAGCUGUACUGAUGUACUGACCUUCCAUGACCUGCCAACCAGCUAUGUCCAAUGUAAUGUUAGCAGCGGUGAGGCUGCAUUUGAAGUAUGUGAUACAUCAAAGAUAGCAAAUAUUCCAGUAGACAUGCAGAAAUACUGCAAAUAUCUAGAUGACUGCAGUGGAUUAGAAUGCUGCUUUGAGAAUGAAUUUGAUCUUGGUAACAGAAGUAUCUAUUUUAUGGGGAGGCUGGACUGUAACCAUUUGAUAUUCCAGAUAGAGAACAAAAAAGUGCAGAAAUCACUGGGAGUCCUCUCUAAUGGAAUAACAUACACUGAAAGCAUUGGAAAUCCAGUUGCAUUUCGAGUCAACUACACUAAAAAAGAGUAUGGUGCUAAUUAUUAUGGUGUUGGAAUGACUUUGUUGGCUCGAGGACCAGGAUCUUCAGGAGUUGUAGUCUACAAUAUUAUGGAUGUAAAUACAACUGUAAUAAAUCCAUCUGGAUGUGUACCUGGCAGAAGGAGAAGAAAAAGACAGUCUCUUGAUUUGUCAAAAUUAAACACAGCAACAUUUACAGAAGGAAUAAGAAUUCUUCUAGAGAAUGAUGCACCAAAUGAUGAAUUUCUGGAAUUUCUGCAAAAAAUUAUUGAUAAGAAUAAACUUGAAAAGGCAAAGAAUUUAGCAGCUACACUUUUGUCAAGUACUGAUGUGACAACUGGGAUUAAGGCUCAAGUACAAGCUUUAGGAUCUGGUAAUCCAUUCACCAUCAAAACUACAGAGGACAAUGCUCAGUCUGUUUCUGUUCAAGGAAGUGCUGCCAUUGCUAGUGCUUUGGUCACUUCAAAUUCUGUGGCUGGAAGAUCUCACCAGUCUUACAUUGUUGGAAGUGGAGUGACUCAAAAUGGGGCAAAGAUACUUGCAAACAAACUAGCUUGUAUGACAAUUGGAGAUUUGGAAGGUUUACUACAAUUGAAGAAUAUUGAUCCUGUUAAAGUGGCACUACUUUUGAAAGACAUUCAGGACUUGGCAAAAGCUCUGUACUCUGAAUUUAUCAGUAAAUUGUUUACUGAUGGUGCCAGUAUAUUCAAAAAUUUUGAAUUUGAACUUAGGGGAGAUUUCAGCUUUCCUUUACAACAUGGACCAAUGUUCGCUUUUGAAAAAAUUUUCCCUAUUGGUUCAUUUUUGACAAUGAGUUUUGGCUUUGGAAUAGAUUACUACUUUGGUGUGAAGUUUGGCGUUGGAGCAAAGAUCAUGGAAAUGAAAGGAUUUGUAGAGGUUGAGCCUUAUGGAGGCUUGAUUGUAUGGGGAGAAUUAGGAAUUGGGUAUGCACUGUAUGGUAAACUGAGGCUUGUUGGAUUCAUUAUGGAUAGUGGAUUUCCAAUAAUUGCAGAAGUUGCUUUUACCAAGUUUCCAAUAGAUGUCACACUGAAGAUGUAUCUGAGGCUAACCCCACUAAAAUUAAGACUGUAUGCACUGGUAACUUUGGAAGUGGAUAUUGUGAUUACAACUUUAAAAUUGACUUUGUACAAAGCAAAAAUUUGGGAGUUUCAAACUGCAACGAUUAGGAAAAAGCUUAUUGACAACUCAAAGGAUGAAAAAGAUGAAACACCUCCAAAACUUCAAAGCUUUGGGGGAAGCACCCCUUCAGGAUCCUGUGGUGUUGUUCAAGUGGCAGGUCGAGAUCACACAGAACCAGAGUUUACCAUCAAUGUUAUGGCUGAGGAUGACAGAAGUAAUGUUAAUCUACAUCUAGACAUAGGAACAGUACCAGGAGGUUCAAAUGUCAUGUCCAGAAAACAACUUGGAGGAUUUUCCACUGCAUUGAGUGAUAUCCUUAGUCCAGCUGGAGUCCCUCUGUAUUUCACAGUCCAUGUGUCCAAUGAGGCAGGAGUGAGUGUCCCAGCCUCCUGUAAACUAGACACAUAUGACAUGACAAUACCAGGAGGGAGGAUGACAGAAGCCUUUACCUCCACCAGUAAUCCUAAUGUUCUGAAGGCAGUAGUCACAGUGUAUGAAGACUCACCCCUCACACACACCAAAGUAGCUGUUGGGUAUGGCAAGAACACAUGGGGAGAACAGAUUGUCAGAUGGACAACUACAACAGUGGCUGCCAACACUGUUAAUUAUGAUGUGGGUCAUGAUCCUUUGAAUCAGAAAGUGAUGACACUGUUCUCCUCUGGUAAGGCAGGGAGACUUGUUGGGAGGGGCAUCAGAGUAGCAGAGUACCUAAAAAUAACAACCAAAGAGGAGUGUGCUGCAAACUGUAAUGGAAUGCAUGUCACAAAAUGCCUGAGUUUUAAUUAUGAUUAUGGAUCCUCUGGUCGAUGUGAACUUUUGGAGGCCAUUGAAGGACAUGAUCACAAAAUAUCACACGACGGUCAUUACAUGCACUUUGAGAAGCUUGGAGUGGGUUCCAACAGAGGAUUUGUGUACAAUAAUCUACAGUUACCUCAUAACCACAUCUUCUACUUCAACUUUGAUAUUGUCAACAGCCUUGGAUUUCACAACAUACUGUCAUCCAAACCUAUACUAACAGAUUACACUCCCCCAGAUCCAACGUCAUGGCAAAUAAACAUCACAAGUGACAGAAUAGAAACCAUAAAGUGUGAGGAUGUGAUUCCUGAUGAUAGAGAUGACUGGGAAGAGAGAUUCUGUGAAGGAGUGAAUCCAAAGACAAAGAAUCACCGAAUCAUCAUAGAUGGAGAGGGUUCAGAGACGCUCUAUAAUGGCCAUACUUACAAGAAUGACCUCAAGUAUACCAGGGCCAAUAGAUAUAUAUCUGCCAACUGGGAUGGUAUCAUUGAGGAAUUUAUGAUUUUGAAUUUUAUCUGUGAGGAGAAAAUAAAGCAGCAUCACGAUCCUCAUGCUCACCUGUUUGACCGGUCACAGUGGACUCAUACUGUGAUGAUGUCCCCUCUGGAGGAACCUUACACUGUUUUACCAGAUGGACCCUACUAUGUCACUGUAAGAGCUAUAAACAACAUUGAGUACGGCGGAGCAUUGAGUACAAGUUUCUGUCACUCUGCACCUUACAUUGUGGACAACAGUCCUCCCUUGGUUUAUGAAGUAUACAAUGUUCGCUACGAUGAGGAUAAGUUCAACCUCUCACUGACUCACAAUUCAUCUGAUCCAAACUCUGGUGUGAUUAGAAAUGACCUAUGUCUGGGUAGGACCACAAGAGACUGUGAUGAGCUGAUGUGGCUUCCUAUGGAAUACAAUCAAAAUCUGACCUACCUCCAUAAAGUUACGGAGGGGGUCCCUGUUUGGGUUAAAGUCAAAGUUGUGAAUAAUGUGGACCUGAGAACAAUAGGUAUAUGUGAUUCCCCUCUCAUAGUGGACAGAUCUCCCCCUGUGGCUGGUGUGGUCAAUGAUGGAGAAAUACCUGGAAUAGAUCUUAGUUACACCAAAUACAAGGAGAAGAUUUGCAGCAACUGGCAGAAUUUCUAUGAUCCUCAGUCAGGAAUUGCUAUGUACAUGGUGGGUGUGGGAUCUUCUCCUAAUGAAACAGAUGUUGCCAACCUUACUCGCUUUUCUAGUAAAUCACAUGUUGCUUGUGUAGAGUUGAAACCAGAUGAAUAUCUGCAGCACAACCAGAAAUACUUCACUACUGUGUUUGCCUACAAUGGAGGUCACAAACAGCAGAAUGUGUCAGCCAUCUCAAAUGGAGUUUUAGUUGACCUCACUAAGCCAGUGCCUGGACAAGUGGUAGAUGGAAAUGAAGUCAAUUUUACAGAUGUGAAGUAUACCACAAGUCAAGCUAAAGUUGAUCUUCAAUGGAGAAAUUUCUAUGAUCCUGAGUCUAACAUAAGUCAUUAUGAUGUUAAAGUAUUGAGAGCAAAAAACCUGACCCAAAACUAUGAAGAAAUCAGAGACUGGACCAAGUUUGAAGCUUCAACAACCAGUGUAAAAUGGCUGAAUUUCCAAAACCAUCAUAAAGACAGAAUAAAAGCAUCCCUUAGAACCACAAAUAAAGCUCUUAAUGAAAUUGUGAACAGCACAGAUGGAUUUGUUGUGGAUUUGACUCCUCCACAGCUUCAUUACUUGUGGGAUGGAGUGCAGAGCAAAGACAGAGAGUUCCAGUCUGAAACAGAUCAGCUGUCUGCAUCAUUUAAAUACUCUGAUAAAGAGUCAGGAGUGGACCAUAUCAAGCUUAAAAUCUAUGAAGUUUAUCAUGGCACAAGGACACAGAAGUACCCAGUGAUACGGAAUGAGUGGAAAGACCUGCCUAAUGGAAAUAUGACCACGUACACAUGGACGGGUCUUACAUUGAGGAAUGGAGCACGAUACACCAUGAGAGUAGGAGCCCUCAACCAUGCUGGAUUCCUGGCCUCCUUUGAGACAAAUGGCAUUGUCAUUGACACUUCUCCUCCAAUAGUUUUGUGGUUGAAAAUUGGUGCAAUUGGUGAUGUGAAGGAGCAGAAGAUAGAUGGUCAUGUGUGGCAGGCUGAUAAAAAGGGAAUCCAGGCUUCCUGGUUGUGUAGAGACCCAGAAUCUGGAAUCAUAGAGUAUGAGGUUGCUGUUGGAACCACUCCAGGAGGAACAAAUAAGCUGUCAUGGAGGUCAGUGGGAACAGAGAGCCAUCAUUAUAUCAGUGGCCUAGAUCUAGAACUGACCAAUCGGACCACAAGGUCUCCUGUAUACUACUUAUCUCUGAGAGCCAGGAAUGGAGCUGGGCUCAUCAACUCCUCUCCAAAAGUGUCAACACCCAUCAUUGUAGUUGAGGAAGACAAAGCUGGUAUAGUUGUGGAUGGUCCCAAUAAUGUGGACCAGACAUUGAUAAAGAAACAAGCUGUCAACAUCACAUCAGACAUUGACUACCAGCUGGACUCCUCCACUGUGUCUGUACAGUUUACUGGAUUCGAGAGCUCCCUCCAUGGAGUCAUGCGUUUUGAGGUGGCAGUUGGUACAGAACCCAGUGGAGAUGAUGUUCUCCCAUUCACAGCAGCCAACAUAGUUCAUAUGGAGGAAACAGAUGUGGCUGGCAAUGGUUUAUCAAGUUCUGGUUAUGUUCAGAUGAAUUUACCAUUGGAAGCAAAUAAAACAUACUUUUCAACCAUACGAGGCAUCACAAAUGGAGGAAAUGUGUUAGAGAGCAGUUCAGAUGGAUUUACUGUUGACCAGUCCCCACCUAUCAUCAACAUUGACAGACUUGGUGACAAAUCUGCAACAGAUGUAGAUGUCUCAGAAGGAGUGUUGAUUUAUGAGCAGACAGUAGAUGCUUUGUCAGCCUUGUGGCAUUACAAUGACACAGAGUCCCAUAUUGUGAGGGCUUGGUACUCUGUUGGUACCUAUCCAUUUGGUCAGGACAUUGCAGAGAGAAAAGAAAUAACAGUAUCAUCAACAUUAUCAAGCUUCCUUGCCAACAAUGAGGUCACACCUGAUGUUACAGGAAAGCCCAACAUCAUUAGUGUAUGGGCAGAAAACUCUGUAGGCCUGGUAAGCAAAACAAGAAUAUAUCAAGACAGCACCAAAUAUAAAUAUACAGAUAGCUCUAUGUAUAUUUGUCUUACUGUUUUACAGGCAUCUGUUCCUGUUGUCUGUACAUGGACAGGAUUUAUAGACACAGAAUCGCCAAUCAAGGAAUACAAAAUCAUGAUGGGACAUUCAAAGGGAGACAACUCUAUAUUUUCUGGGGGUGUUGUUCCAGGCCACAUUCAAACAUUUUCUAUUCAAGGCAUUGGAGAAAAGAUGCAGCAUGGUGCCAAAUACUACUUAACAGUGACAGCAGUCAAUACAGUGGAAAUGACAGGAAAUGCUUUCUCUGAUCCUAUCGGGGUGGAUCUAACUCCCCCCCAGAAAGGAAUGGUGGUGGACCUUCACUCUGUAUACAGGAUUGAUGCUACUAGCACAGACAACACUGUGGCUAUGAAUGCCAAGAUCUGUUUGACAGAAGAUG